AUGAUGCGUUGGAUUACUUUUCUUUGGUCUCUUUUUCUCCUCUUAAUAGUUGUUCGUUCUCAGCCAAUCGAGCACAACGUUCGUGGUACUAUCAAACCCGGUUGGGAGUUUGUUCAAGAUUUAUUUCGAGAUAAUUUCGUGCAAGAUCGAGAUCUCGGUGCUUCUGUGGCGGCUUAUUAUCAAGGAUCAUUGGCUUUUCAAUUAGGAGGCGGAUGGUUUGAUCAAUCGCGAACAAAACCUUACGAUACUGAUACUUUACAACUGGUCUUCUCCACCUCGAAAGGUCUUGUCGCUGCGGCUGUUGCACUUGCAGUUCAACGUGGUAUUCUCGACUAUUCAGCUUUAGUAACUCGCUACUGGCCUGAAUAUGGACAAAAUGGAAAGGAAAAUACGACUGUAGCCGACAUUAUGUCUCACCGAGCCGGGCUGCCCGAUACUUCAGAACCAUUGGAACAAUUUUUGAAUUGGACAGCGAUGAUUCAUACAUUAGAACAAAUGGCACCAUCGUGGCCACCUGGAUCAGCACAUGGCUAUCAUGCAUGGACCUAUGGAUGGCUUGCAGGAGAACUCAUUCGACGCGCGGAUCCGAAAAACCGAUCUUUGGGUCAAUUCAUUGCAGAGGAGAUUUCGAAUCCUAUUAGUAUCGAAUUUUUCAUUGGCCUGCCAGUAAAUCUGGAAUAUCGGGUAUCGCCACUCGAACUCAGUGAAAAUUCAAAGCAAAACGCCAACGAAUCUGUCAUAGCUAUAGUUGAUUCGUUCAAUGAUCCUCUUGCACAUAGAGCAGAAAUACCAGCAGGAAACGGGAUUGCUACUGCUUGGUCUGUCGCUAGAUUGUAUGCAGCAUUAAUUGGGGAUUUGGAUGGCGGAAAAUACAAACGAAUAUUGAACGAAGAUACUCUUAAAUUGGCUACUAGAUCGAAUACACCUGAAGGUGAACUUGAUCUAGUCGCGCAAAUAGCUAAUUCAUUUGGCAUGGGCUUUUUGUUAUAUCAUGACGUUUUUCCGGAAUUCGGACCGGGUACCUUUGGUCACGGAGGUAACGAGAUACAAGAGAUGUCAACAUUUCAUUAA